AUGAAUCCUAAUCACAGUCUGUCCUCUCACCAGCCAACGCCACCAUCGUCAGAAAAAAUUCACCGUCCUCCCCAGGCUCACUCGCAGUCUCAUGUCCCUGCGGUUCCGACUGCCUUCACCCGCCGCAAGACUGCCAUCCUGGCGCAGCUGGCCCUCCCGGACGAGGAGUACGCGGACCUCAGCCCCAAGGGCACGGUAGACGCGGGUAUUCGCGACCUGAUUGGGGAGAUCAACGGGGCCGAGGGCCUGGUCACCACGUCUAGCUGCGCGGGGCGGGUGAGUGUGUUCCUGGAGGGGAGCCGGAGGAAGCACGGCGAGGGCGAGGUGAGGGUGUCGAGCACGGUGGCGGGCGUGGGCGGCAAAGGCGGCGGCGGCAGGUGGCUGUUUGUGUCUCACGAGCCUGUGGAGCUGCACGGCAAGCUGGACAGCGAGCCCAACAUCGUCGGCGCCCUGCUGGGCAUGGAUGAUCCUAUCUUUGACGGGCGAGAGGGGGCGCCGGCCCAGGAGAUGAGCGGGGGCGAGAGCAGGCUGAUCCAUUUCAAGUUUGAGCCCAUGAUUCUACAUGUUCUGACGGCGUCACCUUACCAUGCGCAACUCAUACUCCGCUGUGGUCUACAAGCCGGCUUCCGAGAGAGCGGCGCCAUCAACCUCAUCCCCCCUUUCUCGUCUUCCAAUUCUUCGUCAUUAGCAACACCACCACCACCACCACCAGCAACACCAAUAGUGGCAAUCCGGUCCAUGGGCCUCGGCCUCGAGAGCCUGAUUGGUCGCGAGACCAAUGGCAUCAAGCACUGCACCGUGUCGGGCGACUAUCUCAAGGCGUUAAUUAAGAUCGCCAACGAGAGGUUUGGGGAGAACACGAGGCGCAUCGAGCGGUUCAGAGGCCUGCUGAGGGCGGCCGUUGGCGGAGGCGGUGGCGGGACGGGAAUCGGGAGAGUGAGGAUGGGCGACGGUGGCGGAGCGUGGGAGAAUGCCGAGAUCAGGCGGGAAAGGAAGAGGUUGGAGGGGUUGAAGAGGGCUGAGGAGGUCCGGAGGGCGAGGCUUGCCAGGCAGGAGGGGGGAACACGAGAUGAGCUGGCUGGGUUCGAGUGA